UUUUGAGAAAAUUUGACACUUUUAUUGACUAAAAACUACGAUACGAAAAAAUAAUACGAUUUGAGAGCACAAUCGUUUCUAAAUCUUCAUUUUAAUAUUGCCAUAAAGCUUUCGCAAAGCAGCCUUGCAGCUGCAUCUCAAGACGAUGUCGGAUCCACACGACGAAUUGUGUCCUCCAAACAAUCCGGAGGAUGAUGAGCUCACUCUACCGCGCGCUAGCAUUAACAAAAUCAUCAAGGAGCUAGUUCCUUCGAUAAGGGUGGCUAACGAAAGCCGCGAGCUAAUACUAAACUGUUGUACAGAAUUCAUCCAUCUGAUUAGUUCGGAGGCAAACGAAGUUUGCAAUCUUCGGAACAAAAAGACUAUUAACGCUGAGCAUGUACUGGAGGCACUGGAUCGCCUAGGAUUCAAAGACUACAAACAAGAAGCCGAAGCGGUAUUGAACGAUUGCAAACAGGUAGCAGCGAAAAGGCGACGACAAAGCACGAGGCUAGAGAACCUAGGAAUUCCGGAGGAGGAAUUAUUGCGGCAACAGCAGGAAUUAUUUGCAAAGGCCCGCGAGGAGCAGGCGGCAGCAGAGCAACAACAGUGGUACAGCCUACAGCAGAACGCGGAGCUGUAUCAGAAGCAAAUGUCUCACGACGAGGACGAUAGUGAUGAUUACUAAACAGAGAAUCUGACGCAUCGAUUUUCUCUAAAGUUGGUUAGCUUUAAUUGUACUGAAAUAAAUGGAAUUGAUUAUUCUUGCUGAAAACAAAUG